CAAUGUUAAAUAAUCGUAACGAGGAUGUGACCAGUCAGUGACAUAAUGUCGCUGCUUUAAUGAAAUUGAGACAUGCGAAAAGCCACUACCAAGAUUUUUUCAAACUCUUUUAUCUUUGGUUUUAAAGAAAGUGUACCGUAAGGAUUGUUUGGUUUUUGAAGCAAGGACCAAUUCCUAUUUUUGAUAGAUCUGUGAACACUGGAACCAGUUUCUACGGACUUUUCUUGGUGGUUCUAGUCGAUUUCUUUUUCAACUCUAAAUAUUGCCGCUCGUUUUUGGUUUUUGGCUUGUGAUUGCAAAAAUGAAGAAUAAAUACACCUCUGUUUCAGACUCUGAAGAGUCCUUGAAAACGCUCACUGAUGAAAAGUCAGACACGCAUUCUGCAGAUGGUACGCCUCCUCCGUAUUCAGGUAAGAUUUAUUGAAAUGGAAAGGUAAUGGUGUUUGUUAUUGAGAGUUAUUACUGAGGAAUCCUAUUUUAAACUUGUCGACGAUUGUCAAUAAACAGGGCGAAUACCUUCAUUCUCUCGUAUACAACGAAAGACUCAGUUGCUAAUACAUUCAUUAGCUUCAAACAAAUUUAUCGAUUUAGAAAUGGCUGACGGUUCCGUUCAGAAUUCCGCCCAAGAAUCUGCUAAUAAUACUAGGUCGGACACUUCUGAAAAGAACAAGUUUCAAUGUCAUUUUUGGAGAGGAAUAGCGACUACUCAACUUCUUUUAUAUCAUUCUGUUUUUUUAAUCAUAGUCUUCGGUUACAAGAUUCCUCUGAAUACAGGUGUUUUUUAUGGGCUUGCUGGCGGUUCUAUUGGAUCCAUUAUUAUUUUCGUACUUGUAACCCUUAUAGCCUAUCCUGGAUGGUUCACCCAAGCUGGGUGCAACAUGUGUGUCGCAGUGAUAUAUACGGGUCUUCUGAAUGUCGUUGGUUUCGUAUUCUAUCGUAAUGUAAAGAAAAUAAUAGGAUUUGAAAAGAUGAACGAUAUUGCUUUCUAUGGUGUCUGCUUUGUUAACGUUGCCGUGUUUGUUUUAUUUUGGAUGAAUCCAACUGCCCGUGAACGAUUUAGAUUAUUAGUCAUUUAUAUAGGGAACGGCGCAAAUGCCAUAGGAAACGGCAUAAGAAAUGCUGUGAAUCUUGCUUUUGGAACAAAUCAAGGAGACGAAGCACCUCAAAACGAAGAAAUUGAACUUCAACCUUUUGCUGGGCAAAGCGCUGAAGUUUGAGUUUUAACGAAUCUUUUCCAUCCCUCCUAUAAAUCACAUUUUCCUUCGAAGCAUUCAUAUCAAUUGCAAUCCCUCGAGUUUUUGCAUUCUUGUCCACAAAAGUAAGCACAGAUUGAUAUGACGGGUUUGAUUGCUUUUCAUGUUCACUCUUUUAUGGAUCUAAGAAUUCGUCUCGCAAUAGUGUUAUUUAUGAAUCGUUCGUUUUCUUUGUGACGGACAUCCUUGUUAAUGCAACCCUUUUAAUGAUUCCCCUCACAGCAUAGAAAGCACAAAUCUUUCAACUUGAACGAUCCGACUUUUAUAGCCUAAUGAAUUAAAUUAUCGUCUACUUAGAGAUUCAAGUA